AUGACGUUGGAGGAAGUGAGGCAAGAGCACGCGAAGUGUGAGAAGAGGCUCCAAGAACACAAGGAAGAGAAGCACCAGCUUUUUGCGCAGCUGAGGAAAGUUCUGGAAAAGGAAGACGCGGCCCGCCAUAGGGAACUCAACAGAAAGGCUUGCCAGAUGGCCACGGUCCAGGCUGCUGCGGCGUGCACUCACGCUAACAUGACCCAGCCCCCCGUCGGCGCUGUGGGCCAAGUGGGCCAGGCCCAACCGGUCUACAGUCAGAGUUAUGCGGCCAUGCCGUACAUCACGACAAACACGCAGUCCAGUACUGCCGUGAUAACCGAUUCGAGCUCGCUGUAUUGGCCUCAGGCAUCGUCGCCAGCCCAGUCGCUGUACUCCCAGGCCGGCUAUUGGCCUUCCCAAUACACGUACGGGCCACACAUGAAUGGAUAUGGCUCCAUGUAUGUCUAUUAUCCGCCAGCCGUACCUUCCGGAACUCAGCAGUCUUCGUAUUGCUACCCGGCUCAAAACGUCUUUUGGGGCAGUGGCUCGGCCGGGCUGCCUAACAACAAUGCAGCCGCGCUUGCAUCGCCGUUCAACACUCAGCCCUCAACAAGCCGGAGUUAA